UCCAAAGUGACUUACAAUGCACUUAUUACAAGAACAAUUUCCCUGGAGCAACCUGGAGUUAAGUGCCUUACUCAAGGACACAAUGGUGGUGGCUGUGGGGAUCGAACCAGCAACCUUCUGCUUACCAGUUAUGUGCUUCAGCCCGCUACGCCAUGACAAUGAAUGGAUAUGUGCGGACUACUAUUUUCAGUACACUGAGUGUGACAGCACAGGAUCCAGAUGGAGGGUGGCCAUUCCUCUGAACCCUGGAGAGUGUACUGGACUACCAGACCCUGUGCAGGGCACCGAGUGCACAUUCACGUGUGAAGCGGGGGAGUUUCUAGAGAUGUCUGCUCAGGAGUGCACUCAGUGUGCGGCUGGCACUUACUCCCUUGGCAGUGGGUUACGUUUUGAUGAGUGGGACGACAUCCCGCCCGGAUUCAGCAACCUAGCCGCAAACCCUGAUAACUCCCCUAUUGGACAGAAUGGAUCCACCUGCAGCAGUGCAAAGUGGAUUGCACAGGGUUCAUAUCUGGAGUCCAACAGGGAUGAGUGUACAGUGUCUCUGGUCUACACUGUGCACUUAAAAAAAAUGGGCUCCGUGUCUUUCGAAUAUCAGUAUAUGGACAACAGCAUCCUCUUCGAGUUUUAUAUUCAGAAUGACCAGUGUCAAGAGAUGGACCAGGAUUCAAAUAAAAAAUGGAUCAAAUUGACCAGUCAUGGCGAGUGGGGAAUACAUAGUGUCAAUCUGAAUUCUGGGACUAACAUCCUGUACUGGAGGACUACCAGAGUAACACUGGGCGCUAAAGCUGUCAAACCCGUGUUCUUGAGGAGCAUCCGGAUAGAAGGUGUGGCAUACACAUCAGAAUGUUUCCAAUGCAAGCCCGGGACUUUCAGUCAUACCCCCGGUUUAUCCUCCUGUGAGCCCUGUCCACAGGACUCCUACUCCGGUCGUGGGGCCAGCUCAUGUACACCGUGCAAUACAAAAACACACUAUGCUUCUGAAGGUUCUGCCAUGUGUAGGAGAAGACCUCCAUGCUCAAAGAGCGACUACAUCCAGACCUACAGCCCCUGUGAUGAGAAGGGCAAGACGCAGGUCAUGUAUAAGUGGGUAGAGCCUCAGAUUUGUUUGGAAGAUGCUCUGGGUGCUGUAAAACUGCCACCUUCUGGUCAGCAUAAGCCAUGUCCUCCAUGCAACCCCGGUUUCUAUAACAACGACAUGGCUACCUGUUCUCCCUGCCUACCUGGGACCUUCUCUGAUGGGGUUAAAGCAUGCCAGCCUUGCCCAGCUGGCACAGAGCCUGUCCUCGGGUACGAGUACAAAUGGUGGAACGUGCUGCCUGUGAAUAUGAAGACGUCCUGCUUCAAUGUGGGCAAUAACAAGUGCAAUAGUUUAAAUGGUUGGGAGGUGGCGGGUGAUCACGUUCACUCAGGAACGGGUCGUUCAGAUAAUGAUUAUCUAAUUUUAACCCUUCGAGUACCUGGAUUCAAGUUGCCCAUGUCAUUGCAUGCAACGUCUGGCAGCGAGUACGGCCGCAUCACUUUUGAGUUUGAAACCAUCUGCUCCGCUGACUGCGAGUUCUACUUCAUGGCGGAUGUGCGCAGGAGGAGUAAGGGUGUAGUUGAAUCAUGGGAAGGAAGUAAAGCAAAGCAGAUCUACACACACAUUAUGAAUGAAAACUCAACUGUUGAUUUGACCUGGGCUUUCCAACGCACCAAUCAGGCCAAUGAUGUGCGUCAGUAUGUAAAUGACAUGGUGAAGAUCUACUCUGUUACUGUCACUAAUGCCAUGGACGGGGUGGCGUUGGUGUGCCGGGCUUGUGCACUUCAGUCUCAGAAGUCCGGCUCUUCCUGUGUGCCCUGUCCCGCUGACCACUACAUUGAUAAAGAGACCAACCAGUGCCAAGAGUGCCCGUCUGACACCAUCCUCUCUGGACACCCUAUCAAUGGCAGAGAAUCGUGCCAACCGUGUGGGCCAGGAAGCAAAAGCAACAAGGAGCACAAUGUGUGUUUUAGUGACUGUUCAUUCACAUACAUUGACCAGAAUCGGACUCUUCGGUACGACUUCAGCGCUCUGUCCUCCGUCGGGUCCAUAAUGAAUGGGCCGAGCUUCACUGCAAAAGGCACAAAGUACUACCACCUCUUCAAUAUCAGCCUGUGUGGAGCAGAGGGUCGCAAGGCAGCAGUCUGCAGAGAUAACGCCACCGAUCUGUCCAAUGAGGAGGCUGAUGCUGGUCAGCUGGGCAGUUCAGUGGAGGCGUUUAUCUGUCAAUCAACAGUUAUCCCUCCAGAUGGCCGGGGCUUAAAAACAGCCCUCUCUUCUCAGUCCAUCAGCCUGGCAGACACAUUUCAAGGAGCAACCGUGGAGAAAUCCCUCAGUGGAAUAACCACCAGACCGGAACUCUUUCCAUCUCCAUCCGAGAGACUUCCAGACAUUCACUUCUUCUAUCGUUCUCCUCAGGUCACAACCUCAUGUCCGAGAGGCAGAACUGCAGUGGUUUCACUGCGCUGUAAUCCUGAAAAAACAGUGAGAGGAGAUAUUUCUGUACCCAGUGAGUGUCCAGCAGGGACAUGUGACGGCUGCACAUUCUACUUCCUGUGGGAGAGCUCCAGUGCCUGUCCCCGCUGUACUGAUGAUCACUACCACGCCAUAGAAGGAGCCUGUAGAGGAGGAGUGCAGGACACAGUUUACCUGUGGACCGAACCUCGCUGGUGUACUGGCGGGCUGUCUCUCCCACUGAAGAGAUCUUCUCCAUGUGAGACGAUAGAUUUCUGGCUCAAAGUGGGAGCCGGGCUUGGAGCGCUCUGUGCCGUUUUACUCGUCUCUCUAACCUGCUACUUCUGGAAGAAGAACAGGAAGCUGGAGUACAAGUAUUCUAAGCUUGUGAUGUCAGCCAAUAAGGAGUGUGAGUUGCCGGUGGCAGACAGCUGUGCUAUUAUGGAAGGAGAGGGCGAGGAGAACGAGGAAGAGGAAGUGGGUUAUGCAAACAACUCCUCUCUUCUGGAUAAGCUAAAGGCUAUUGCCACCAAGGGCAACAACAAGAAUGCUGAUGCCGUCCAAAUGCAGUUCUCCCAUACGGAGAAGUCUGUGUGGGGAUAGAAGAAACGGGAUACGGAAAACAACGGAUGUCCUUUCCUGUUGGAUAUGACACGCAGUGGCCUUAAGAAAUCAAGGGUGGAGGUUCUGCCUCAGGAAAUGCAAACAAAUACUCAUUGAAUAUUUCUGUCAUGUUUGUCUUCAGUUAUUAUUGUUGUCGUUUGUUUUAUAAAUGUUGUAAGUGUGGACCUGUUUCUCUAAGCUUUUCAGAAGACAGCCGCGGCUUUACACGAGUCCUGUUGUCAGAGCGAAUGUAGCCAAGGGUCUUGCUAAACGCACAAAUACACACAGACGUUAAGCUUUACUCUUCUAAUCCCAUCUAAACCGCACUCAAAAGCCAUGUAAAGUGUGUUGCGUUCAAGCACGACCAAAAUAGACAGUUUUUUUCCCCUUUCUUUUUUGGCUCAAGUAAACCAUUUGACUGUGUGAAAGUGACGUCCCAAAUGAAAUAUGACGAGAUGAAUAAAGAGAUUAAAGAGAUGCUGGAGUCCGUUUUGUUCAAUGGUUUUUCAUCAUACCUCUGUGUUGUGCUGUUUGACUGUCUUUAGUUCUAAACAAACAGGAGAGAUUAGAGGAAAAACUGUUUUUCUGCCAACUGAACUGGCAUUUGCUAGAUUUGCCACCUAAUUAAGGAGCAUAAAGGACUGCUGGUGGGGUUUUAUUCAUGGGAUUUUAAGACCCAUCAACAUUAAAUCUGCUGCAGGGAAAGUUCUGCUGAGACCCGUAUCGAUUCUGGAUUGAGGCAUUAAACUGUCUGUUCUGAAGUUUUGUAUGUUGGCAAUAUUAUGCAUCAUUUAUGCAUCAUUUAUUUGUGAUUAUUCUCCAUUUUUGUAUGUUUGCAGUGAAACGAACCUGUAAUUGUGUUCAACUGAUGUGAAUUCUGUUCAGAAGCUCAUGAUAUUGUUUGAUUUUGAUUUAAUGCAUAUUAAACUAUUUU